AAAAAAAGAGUGGCAAAAGCUUCUCUAAGAAGACAUGUUUUAUAGCUUUGAGCAUUUUCCUAGAUUCCUAGCUAGCUCAAAGAAAAAGACAAGGCUGAGUUGCUCCUUCUACCAUCUGAGGUGGAAUACGGAUCAAGAUUUGCCAAAUUGUUUUAUGGAAUACGUCAUUCCCUCUCACUCUAUCUCAUGUCAGAAAAGAUUUAUGAAUGAAUUUGAAAACGAAUGACCAAAAGGUUAGUAACUUCCUAGUGCUCACCCGCUUUAUUUAAUCUGAUCUACAAUCCAGAAGCCAGUGAUAAAAAGAAAUUAUUUUUAUAGACAAGGACAUUCAAGUAUUCUGGUUUGGGUCUUCCGGGUUUAAACAUUUAGACCCAAAUAAGUAUUUAAAAAUAGAGGUAGACAAAAAAAACAAACUGAACCGAGCCAAAUCGAACCAACCGAACCGAAACCGAUUCAAACCGAAUCCAAAUCUAUUUUAAACCAUUUGGUUGAAAAUUUCUCCAACCCGAAUGGUUCAGUUUAAAACCAAACCGACCCGAGAUACCGAUGUGUUUUUGUAAUUAUUUAAAUUAAAAAUAUUAGUAAUACUCAUAUAUUAAAAUUCUAAUACCAAACCACAUAUUUCCCUUUUAGGUUUUUGAUUUAAAUUUAAGAUCCACGUUUACAUAUAUAAGAAUACAGACUUUUCUAUUUAUUUUUUAAAUCAAAUAUUUUGAUGAUUACAUAUAAUUAGGUUUUUUUUUGCUUCAGAUAUGGGUCAGUUCUUUUUGGGUUUAGGUUGGUUCAAGACCUCAGGCCUAUAACUAAAAUAUAUGUAAAACACAUGGAAUUUUUGAGUAUCUUGUGGAUUCAGAUUUGUUAGGGUAUUUAAGACCGGAAAAGUCUCAAAAUACCCGAACUCCAUCCAUUUUUUUAAAAAAAAUCUGUCAUAUUUUUCUAAGAUUUUGAAAAUCACCAAAACUAAACUACUAAUAAUUGAAAUUAAAUAUUUUUAACCUCUAAACAUAACAUUUAAAGUUUUAUAUUACCUCAAAAUGCUACAAAAAUAGUAAUAAAGAUUGCAAACAAAAUGACAUUACAACUAAAUCACUAGGUAAAAUGUAUAAAAUAAAACACAUUAAGUUUCAUCAUAGUCUUGGAUACUCAUUUUUAGAUCGGGUAUGAAUCAGUUCUUAUCGGGUGGACUUUAUUUGGAUUGGUUCUUUUUUGGGCCAUGGUCUAUUCGGAUCAGUUCUUUUCGGUUUCUGUUCUUUCGAGUAAAGAAAUUUGGUCUCAGCUAGGUAAGUUGGUUAAGAUCUGGAUUGCAUGAUCUUCUGAAACAAUGAUGUUUAGACUUGCAAGAUCAUUCCCUAGAUACAUGAAAGUAUCGAAGUUUUCCUCAAUGGUUUUAUGCUUAAGCAUCUUGAAACUUGCAAAGCUUUGUUUGGGGUAUAUGCGGUUAGGAAGAGUUUGUCUAGUAAUCUCCCUGAAGUUCCUUCCACAAUCCAAUAGACGUGUUUCCUCAUGACCUUCCUCAAAUAUAUGUUUGAAUCUUUCUUUUUAGCCAUCAGAUCUUUUACAAAUCCAUCGAUCGUGCAUCGAUCGAUCAGAUCAUUUGAGUCGUCCACUUCAUUGUUCUGCAUUAGAUCGAUUUAUCCACAUGUGCUCUGAAACCCAGUCGAUUGAUCAUAUAAUGUUUUGCACUUCUUUUGCUUCCAAUCAUCAAAAAAUCCCUUGAAAUCCCUGUAAAGUUUCACCAUAGUCUCCCAAAGCAUCCAUACACCUAUAAUACCUGAAGACAUAGAUAGAAGACUCCAAAAAUAUAUAGAAAACCACUAGAAACAUAUUAAUAAGUACUAAAAACCAGGAUGUGUAACCCAAAGCCUUGUGCUUUGAUACCACUUGUUAGAAUUCUUAGUUAGAAUCUAUGUUUGUUCUUUGAUCUAACUCGCGAUUCAGAUCAAGAUUGAUUAUGGUUCCAAUUCAUUGUUUAGCUAGAUACUAGAUGAAUAAGAGAAAACACAUACGAUUGUUGACCCGGAUUUUAUUUACUACUAUCUGCAAAGAGGGAAACACUCAAUUUUACACUAGCUUGAUUCACAUUUACAGAUUAAACAGCUUACACCAUUUUACUAUGUUUGCAGCUUGAUUAACAAUAAAGCAACCUCAAGUGUGGUGUACCCUGAUCAUAAUCCAAGCGUACAAGAUCCGAGAAAGAAUAGAAGUUGAAGCUCCUGCACAAUCGCUCUCCCUUCUCCUUCUUUCUUUAAUAACACUUUUUCUUUUAUAUGUAUGAAUUGAGUUCGAAUAUAACACAUCGGUUUUGGUUCUAAUUUGUAUCACAUCUUAAAACCCAUAAAGUAACCAUAUGUUGAUCGGAUUCGGGUUAUUUGUUCGGAUAACCCAAAGUAAAAUCUAAAAUUUAAAAGUAAAACAUAAGAAAUAUAUAUUUAUUUAUAUAGAACUUGGUAUUUAAGAUACUUAUUUAAAUUUUAAAUACUUAUCUAUAGAUAUCAUAUCAAUAAAUUAUGCAAUUGAAUAUUUUAAGUACAUAUUUACGUUUCAAAUAUUUACAUUGCAUACUAAUUUGGACAUUCGAAUCGGUUUCUUCGGAUAUUAUUUUGGGUUUUUUGAAAUUUUCGGUUACCCACUCGGAUUCGGUUAAUAAUAGUUCGGGUUCGGAUAUGUUUUGUAACGUCCUAACAAGACACAUUUCAAUAUAUUUUUUUUACAUUUUGAACCGGAUACGAAUCAGAUUUUCCGUUUCAGGUUCGAUUUAAAUUUCAGUUGACAAAUUUUAUGCCUAUGCCUAGUUAAGUUGUAAAAAAAAAGUAAGAACUUGAUAAAGAAAAUAUAGAUUUAGGUCGAGAGUAAACUGAUUUGAACAACUGACCUCCGUAAAUUCAGAUCCUAAACUAUUUUAGUUGACCAACGCAUAGUAUUUGACUAAUUCUUCUUGAAAGUUCAUUUGUCGAAUCAUUUGAUUGUGAUGUGAGAACUUUCUCGAAUGGGGAAUGAAAAUAUACUUUAAACUUUUUAUAAAAAUAUCUUCCAUUAAUAAGCUUUUUCUCUUUAGUUUUAUUUAUUUUCGAUUUUAUUGCAUAACAUGUGGCCACCCAGUUUGACGAUGUGGUGGUCAGAACAUGUCCUAGUAUUCCAAAUUAACUUGUACUAAAACUAAUAUAAUUAAAAAUUCAAAUUUUUAUACUCCGAUUUGAUUAUCUAUUUUAAAAAAUUAAUUUUGAAAAAAUUAAGGUUGUGUUAGAUUGCUCCACUUUCUCCAAAGAUAAUCUCCAUACCAUUCACAUAUGAUAUUUUGUGAAUAUGUUUUUUGAAAAAGUAAAAAAAAUUAAUUGACACUUUGUUUUGAGAUAAAACUAUAUUAGUUUAAUAAUAAUAAAAUCAUCUAAAUAAUUAUUAACAAUUUUUUUUGAUAUGUUUAAUAUUAUAUUAAUAUUGUGUUUUCAAAAAAUAUAUAAUUAACUUUGACAAUAUAUAUUUAUAUAUAAUUAUUAUAUUUUUUAUUCUCAACUGUUGUAAAAAUAAUUCUAGAUUUAUAAUACAAUUAAAUUAAUUUACUAAUAUUAUUUAUGAUUUAAUUCAGUGAUGAUAUAUGAGUUCAUGUCUCAAUUAACAUAAUAUCACGUCAUACUUUCAAAAAUCAUAUCAUUUUAUGAUAAUAAUUUUGGUAACUAUAUGUAAUAAAAUUUCAGAAAAAAUAUUUACCAAAUCAUGUUUAGACAAUAUUAUAGAAGUUUAUGUACUUAUUUAUAUUAAUUAGAAAAUAUUUACACUUAUGAAAAAUGUUUUACCCAAACAAAUAUGCGACCUAUUUUCUAAAACUAGGGUUUAUAAUUGUAAAAAUAAACAUUUAUAAAUGAAACUAUUAAUUAAACUACUAACUUUUGUGAAAUGGUCUCAAAAAAUGUUUUUGUCUUCAAACUAAUUAGAAAGGGGACAAAGAGACCCAAUUAUUUUUUAUUAAAGUGAUAAAUGAUAAUUAUACAAGUUAUUACACAUAUAUUAAAUAAAUAUUUAAUAUUUCCAUACAUUUUUUAUAAAAAGUUUAGAAACUUUUUUUUAAUAAAAAAUUAAGAAGGUCUUCGUAGAUGUGUUACAUGUGUAUGAUAUUUUCUUGAAUCUAAGUUAUAUACAUAUUUAGAGAAGCAAUAUUAAUAAAUAGGUAUAACAUCGUCUUAAAUUUUAGAAAUAUAUUGAUAAAUAUGUAUAAUAUCUUCAGAAAUUUUAAGAAAUCUUUCAUGAAUGUGUAUUUAAAAAUAAUGUCUUAAAAUGUAUCUUUACGAAGAUCUUAAUAAUGACAUAUAUUUGUAAAUAAGUUAAUAAAUUUGAUUUAUGUAUAUAUUGAGUAAAAUAUAUUCUUGAAUAUAAAUUACGUCUUCUUAAAGUUUUAUAAAGACAUUCCUAAAUUUAAUAUCUAAAUUUUAUAAAGAUAUCAUAAUAUUGUUUUUAAUAAACGACUUUCAACGAAGAAAAGAUCUAGCCAAAAACAAAAGAGGCAACAUUAUAUUUUAUAUAUAUAUAUAUAUAUAUAUAUAUAUAUAUAUAAAUGCAUAAAAGUCAGAUCCAGGAAAAUGUGGUACACAUUUAUGAAAACCUCUCUAAAUAUUCAUUAAAGUUAUAACUAAGGAAGAGUUAUUACACAUUUAUGAAAAUAUUCUUGAAUUCAAGACUUUUUUCUUAAAAAGAAAAAAAUAUAUCACAUAUUCAUGAAGGCCUUCAUUAUUUUCUUUUAAGAAAAUAUAUUUCUAAAAUAAUUGGGAAAUUUUAUUUUCAAAAAAAUAAAGUAUCCGGACAAGGUAAUUUUGACAGAAAAUAUUUUUGAUCUUAUUACUUUCGUUUUUUUAAUAUUUAUUUAUUUUAUAUAUUUAAUAAAUAUUUAAGUAAAAUUAGAAAUUAGAAAUAAGAUUAUAAUUGUUAUUUAAUUUUACUAAAAUCUAAUUUGGCACUUUGAUCUUUAGAUGCUAUUUAGGGAACAAAGACUAUUUAGAAAAUUUAUCCUUUAACUAUAUUAUUAUUUAUUUGAAAAUAUAAUUAAAAGUGCGCCUAUAUUUCUGUUUCCAACACAUCCGAGACAGAUGUUCAUUUGUUUAGUUUUUUGUUUAUUUACUUUCUAAUAAUAUUUUACCACUCAUGUUUUGAAAUUUAGAUUUAUGUUUUAGUUUUAACCCAAAUUGCAUUAAUUAACGUUUGAACAUCUUUUUUUUUUGAAUGAAUGUUAAAUUUAUUCAUAUCAAACUUUCUUACAAUAGAUGUGACAUAGUUUAAAAAACUGAGAAUCAUAAACUAUCUAUUUUCUCAUCUAUGAGCAGACCAAACCCGUAACAGUUUGUAAUAUUUCCUAUACCCUACUCCUCUGAGUGAGCCAAUGCGAUUUUGUAUAAGCUGGUCGAUGAACUUACUUAAGCGAGCUUGAUCUUGAUUAGACUCCCCAUGUCUUCUCCAAUUCCUCUCCCUCCAGAUUGAAUACACAGUUGCUUGAAAUACAUAGCGGAGUAGAAACAUAGUAGAGAUACUCCACGUCUUGUCGACCAAACAAUUUAAGAUGUUACUCCAAGUCGUUGUAAAUCUCGUUCCCAUCAGUUUACAAGACAGACUGCUCCAUACUUCUGUAGCAUAUGUACAACUGAAAAAUAAAUGGUCUCUAGAUUUUGGUGAUGCGUUGCAUAUAACACAUGUAUCAUCCACUUGAGCGUUCCAUCUUUUCAUCAUAUCUCCUGUCGCUAACCGAUCACGUACAGCUAUCCAGACAAGAACAAAGUACUUUGGCAUUGCAGCAGAAAACCAUACCCCUCGGAACCAAGGAACCUUUAGAGAACCUUGGAAAAUUUGAACAUCAACUUUUUAUAUAUAAGAAAAAAGUUAAAUAUCAGAUUUUUUUUAUACAAAGAGAGUAUGUUUUCUAAAACAAGGCUAAGAACGAGUAACGACACUAUUUUGUCCUAUCCUGAUUUGGCAGAAAUUACAUUCGCCAUUCAUGAAUCUUUUUUUUUUUACCAAAAUAGUUCACUAUUCAUGAAUCUUCCUAAUCAUGAUUUUGUAAAGGUUUUGAAAAAGUAACGACACAUGAUUCGUCGAAUAAAUAUACUUGUAAAAGUUUCCAAUCACAUGUUUUGCUUUGUUUAAAUAUUAUAUAGUUCCAACUAAUGUUUUGAAACUCGACCCAAAUUUACGGUCGAAUCAGCGAACCCGAUGACCUGAUAUAUAAUCCGAUUUGGAUUUCAAGAAAAAAAUUGUUAUUUAACAAUUUGAUAAAAUCCAUAAAAAAACCUUAAAAUCCAAGACUCGAUCACCAAUUGAACUCAUGGGUGAUCCGAUAUGUAAUCUAAUUUGACUUAAAGUUUUAUAUAUAGAAUAUUAUAUUAUAUAUUUAUGAAUGUUUAGAUGAAUGGUGAAACUAUUUUCCAUGUGAUGCUCCGGUUUUCAAAACUUAGCUAUAUAAAUUUUUAAUCAAACUAAUUUUUCACUUAGUUGCAAGCCUAGUGUAUCAAUAUUUGAGAUGAUCAUAUUAAAAAAGAAUAAAUUUGAGCAUCAAAGAUUCAUAUACGUUUAUUAUAUAAUUUAUGUUUGCAAAAAAAUAAUCGUUUAUUUAUUUAUUUAUUUUACUUUUUGUUGUUGACAUGUUAUUAGAAUUCUUUUGAUGUUUUGCUUUUGAUUUAUUUUUAUUUCAUUAUUUACAUUAGACAAUUAAAUAUUUAUUAAUUUUGGUUUUGUUACAAUUUUGAUAUAUAUAUAUAUAUAUAAUUCUAUUUAAAAUUUAUUAAACUAUUGAUCUAUGGUUCGUCUGCGGUCUAUCUAUUGACCCAAUUACCCAAAAAUAGUUCAGUUGAAUGUUCAGAUCGGAUUUAAAAACAUUGGUUUUCCGUUCAGCUUUCGAAUUAUCUUAGUUUAAGUUAUUAGUAAUUUUUUCUGUGUGGAAAUUUGAACAUUUCAGUUUAUAUAAUUAAUUAAUCACCCAAAGAUUAAUGGUGACUCCUUAUCGUAUAAUUAAUCCAUAUUAUCACAAGAUAACAAACUAAAAACGAAUAUAACUCUACCUUUUGGUCGGAAGAAUAUAUGUAUUAUCAGUUCAAAAAAAAAGAGAGUGUAUGUAUAUUAUCAAUAGAUUUUUACUUCACUCUUCCAGGCAAAGCUGAAAUUACUACAUGAAUGAUAUAUAUAACUGCACAACCAUAAGUUUGAUAUAAUAAUUAAAAAAAAAAGAAAAAAAAACUAGAAAAAGUAACUUUUGUACCGAAACUCUUUUGGAAUAUUAAUUGCGGCGCUUAGCUGGCUCCCGGCGGGAUCACCGGGAAGGUCAAACUCAACCCAACCAUAAAACGAAAGUUUCUUAAAAUAUCUAAAAUUUGAAAUUAAUUUAAACAAGAUUUUCUCUUCGUCAUUUAUGUACAGUGAUAAUUAAUUGAUUUUAUACUUAAUUCUCUCUCUCUCUCUUUUUUUUUAAUUUUGAAGUUUAAGAGGGGGGAGAGAGAGAGAAGAGUGUGACAGUGUUUUCUCAACCAUCUCGAUCUUCUUCUCUCUCUACUAAAGACUUUUUACUAUUUCAGUUCUAAUUUUAAGGACUAGUGAUGAUUUUCUCUGAGAUUAGUAAUUAAGAUUUUGAGAGAGAGAGAGGGGUGGGGUUAUUAAUGUAUGUGAAGGUAGGAACCGUAUCUGUCUCUGUCUCUGUCUUCUCCAAACCAUCAUCUCUUAGGGUUUUAAUUCUGCUUAAAAUCUAGGGUUUGUUUCUGUCAGUGAUUGAUGAUGAUGAUGCGUGAGAGUGGAAGAUGAGAGUGUUGUCCAAAAACAAUGGUGGAUCGAAGAAGCGCAUUGUGUUUCGUCUCAUCCUUCUUCUUCUUGUCUCUGUUACUGUUCGACUGCGUCGCCGUAGCGAAACAACGGACUCGAUUCGACGAGCUGCUCACUCUGCUUCGUCUCAGGUCCACUCUCGGUUUAAAAGGAACCGAUUGGCCUAUCAAAGGCGAUCCCUGUCGCGUCUGGAGAGGCAUACAAUGCGACCGCAACGGUAGCAUCGUCGGGAUCAACAUCUCCGGUUUCAAGAGGACCAGGAUCGGUAAGCAGAGUCCUCACUUCGCCGUUGAUCCGCUCCUUAAUCUCACUCGCUUAGCUUAUUUCAACGCCUCUGGAUUUGAGUUGCCUGGUUCUGUUCCUGAUUGGUUUGGUCUUAGUUUGACGACAUUGCGCGUCUUGGAUCUUAGCUCUUGUUCCGUGAACGGUGUUGUUCCCGUAACACUCGGUAAUCUCACUCGCUUGGUGAGUUUGAACUUGUCUCGUAACAGUCUCACCGGUUCGGUUCCGAGCAGUUUAGGGGAGCUGUCGAGUCUUUCGGAGCUUGAUCUCUCUAGGAACACGCUCACCGGAGCUCUUCCUCCUUCGUUCAGCUCGUUGCUGAACCUCACGAGUCUUGACGUUUCUUCUAAUUACCUCACUGGUCCAAUCCCUCCCGGUGUGGGAUUGCUGUCGAAGCUUCUCUACUUGAACUUCUCAAGCAAUAGCUUCUCGUCUUCGAUUCCUCCAGAGAUUGCAGAUCUUGUUAAUCUUGUUGUUCUUGAUCUCAGCAUCAACUCAUUGUCUGGUUCAGUUCCUCUGGAGUUUCGAAAGUUAACGAAUCUGCGGAACAUGGUGAUUAGUGAUAACCUCUUGAGCGGAGCUUUGCCAGCUGAUCUGUUUGCUGCUAAGAGCCAGCUUCAGAGCUUAGUUCUCAGUGAAAACGGUUUCUCCGGUAAUCUACCUGACGCGUAUUGGUCUUUGCCUAAGUUACGGAUCCUCGACAUCGCUAAGAACAACUUCACGGGGAUGCUACCCAACUCUAGCUCUGCUCCGAAUGCAGAUGCGGUCGAUAUCUCCUCGAACAUGUUCUACGGUGAGCUCACGCAGAUUCUCACAAGAUUCAGUGCCAUGUACCUCUCUGGUAACUACUUUGAAGGGAAGGUUCCAGAUUACGUCCUCAGAGCAAACGCGUCUCUGACCAGAAACUGUCUUCAAAACGAGAGGAGACAGAAGUCUUCAGAAGAUUGUUCAUCCUUCUACAAAGCUAAAGGGUUAGACUUUGAUGAUUUCGGACGUCCUAACUCUACACAGCCUACUUCUAAAAAGGCUUCUUCUACAGGGCUAAGCCGCAGGACUGUGAUUAUAUUAGCAUCAGUCGGUGGAGGGAUUGGUUUUAUUCUGAUAUUCAUUCUCUUGCCCAUUCUUGUGGCUCUAUGGAUGCGUCGAAGAGGCAGAGAGGGUCAAGGAGGGGGCGGUGACAGGCCUAAACCUGUAACGGAGGCUUCGCAGCCACCUAAAGGAGCACAGACCUUUGAUUUGUCGCGUCUUGGGAAUGCGUUUACGUAUGAUCACCUUCUCCAAGCGACAGGGGACUUCAAUGACGCCAAUCUGAUCAAACGUGGCCACUCCGGGAGCUUGUUCCGUGGCUUCUUGGAUAACGGAACGCCCAUUGUUAUAAAGAAGAUCGAUACCAAGGAGAGUAAAAACGAAGGGUAUAUAGCGGAGCUUGAGCUGUUGAGUAAAGCUGGACACCAGAGGCUGGUUCCAUGUCUUGGACACUGCUUGGAGAAUGAGGGGCAGAAGCUAUUGGUGUACAAGUUCAUGAGGAACGGAGAUCUGGCUAGCGCUUUGUUUAGGAAGUCGGACAACGAAGGUGAUGGGUUGAAGUCUUUGGAUUGGAUAACGAGGUUGAAGAUCGCUCUUGGUGCCGCCGAGGGGCUAGCUUACUUGCAUCACGAGUGUUCCCCACCUCUUGUUCAUAGAGAUGUGCAAGCAAGUAGUAUACUUCUUGAUGAUAAGUUUGAGGUACGUCUUGGAAGCCUAAGCGAGGCAUAUGUUCAAGGUGAUGCUUAUCAGAGCAGGAUUUCUCGUUUACUUCGGUUACCACAAUCGACUGAAGCAUCCUCUUCAGGUGCAGCAAAUGCAACAUGCGCCUAUGAUGUCUACUGCUUCGGCAAAGUGUUACUUGAGCUAGUCACGGGGAAGCUCGGGAUGAGCUCGCCGGACAACGCAGAGGCAAAAGCAUACAUGGAAGAAGCUUUGCAAUACAUCAGCACAAACGAGAAGGAGCUAGUGACCAAGAUCCUAGACCCGUCGUUAUUGGUGGACGAGGACCUUCUAGAAGAAGUCUGGGCGAUGGCUAUCAUCGCAAAGUCAUGCCUAAACCCAAAACCAACAAGAAGGCCGUUGAUGAGACACAUAGUGAACGCACUUGAGAAUCCGUUGAAAGUAGUGAGAGAGGAUACCAACUCUGGCUCAGGCUCUUCACGGUUGAGAACAAACUCGUCGAGAGGGUCUUGGAACGCUGCUAUAUUCGGGAGCUGGAGGCAGAGCGCGUCUGAUGUAACAGCUGUUCAAGCUGUAGGAACAACAAGUGGUGGUGGUGGGGGUUUGAUAAACUCGGGGUCGCAAGGGAGCAGUGGAAGGAAUAAUAACAAUGGGAACUCAUCGUCGAGAAGAAGGCAGUCUAGUGAGAUUGUGCCUGAACCUGCAGCUUAUGGGGAAGAUGUAGAAGUUCUCAGGUGAGAGAGGAUAAGAUUUUUAUGAUUGGUUCAUCGAUUCUUUGCGUCGUUAAUAACCAGAGGCAAAGUGAGUCCUCUCAGGUAGCAGCAUAGAAUAUGGUUUUUUCUUCAAGAUUAUUAUUUUUCUUCGUCUCCUUAUUUAUUUUGUUUUUUUUUUUUGGGUUAGGAUUGGCGGGGUUAGAAUUGUAAUUCACAUUUUCUAGAUCUUUGUAAAUUUUAAUUCUUGGAGAUUGGGUUUUCCUCGGCUGGUUAAAA